AUACUGCUGCCUGUGUGCUUACAUUUUGUGUUGUUAACGUUUUUUAAUUCGGAUAUCGUUCUUUGAUCGGGGAAAGCUUCAGAGUGCAGGGGUACACAAACUAAAGUUUCCGGAGAAAUACAGGACAAUUUUGAGGAUGGAGAUCCAGGAGGGCACUUUGUCCAAGAUAGCUUAUUUGCUGAUACUGCUCGUUUGGCUGAUCGGAGGUGCUCUAACGGGAGUGGGAGUCUACUUGUAUCUAGAAACAGUGGAGAUUGGGACAUGUAUCAACGACGAGCUGGCCCCACUUAUGAUAGUGUUGGUGGCGGUUGGAGGGGUACUCCUUAUCACUGCUUUCUUUGGUCUGUGUGGGGUCUGUAAGAAGAGGUCUUCUCUUCUGUCCGGGUUCCUGGCUGCGAUGAUAAUUGUGCUUCUAGCUCAGUUUGCAGCUGUGGUUAUCAUGUUCAUAUUUGAGUCAAGUAUUCAUUACUUUAUGCGGGAUGGGAUGACACACUCACUCCUCUUUUACGGAAAAGGAGGAGAUAACGUCAAGUUCACGGACUCCUGGGACUAUGUUCAAGAGAACCACAAGUGUUGUGGACAGUUCGGCUGGGAGGAUUACACCACACCAAACGCAUCCAACUGGUUCAGCACUAAGUUUGGGUCGCUUCCUGACUCUUGCUGUAAGACCAAGGAGGCAAAGUGCGGAGAGGGUGUGAUAGACAAGAAGGACAUCAAGAAGGCUCCAGGGAACAUUAACCUUAAGGGUUGUUACGAUAUCGUGGAAGAUUACGCCCAGCAGUGGUUGACGAUAGCAGGCUCAGCGGCCCUCGUGUUCAUGUUCAUACAGGUUAUCGCGAUAUUCCUCAACAUUUCACUACACCGACGGUACAGGGAACAUGAGGACUAUCAAACACAGUCUCGAAAAGUAAAGCAGGUCAAGGACGCAAAUAAUCCAGAAAAAACGGUUUAGGCGGCCAACAAAGGAUCGUCAGCAUUGCCGAGAAUGUGUUAAUACUGUAGUAAAUUUGUUUAUAAUAUUCGUCGGGAAAAUCAGAACGAGUCAAAGAACAUGAUUACAUAAUUACGUGCUUAUUUUCACAGAGACAAAUAUUUACCUGUAGUUAUGCCAAAAUGUUGCAACCCUUCACUCGGUGUAGUGGUCUUCCGGGACUCAAAAAUGUAAGGAAUUACUGAGCUUAGAGACGAGAACAAUACUCCUACUCCUAGCAGCUAUUUGCAAAUAAAUCACACCUCAUAUGUCAUCAUUUAGAAGUUUAGAGUUAAAGACUUUGUUCAGAUCGAAGACAAAUUCGAAAAAGUUGAUCAUAUUGGCUAUGUUUAUUUAUACGAGACUUUAGAAUCAGGAUAGCUGUAGAGUGUAGCCCUACUUUAUACAAUUCUUCAUAAUUAUUAUAAUUAGGUUUGCCUUCGACAAAA